AUGUUAUGCUCUGCAGUACCUAUUGCUUUGGGAACAGAUAUAGUAAAAUUAUCAAAUCCAACAUUCACUACAUUAGAUUGUGUGGCUAAUGAUGUUCAGGGCAAAAUACAAGAUUUGUGGCUGGCUGUAUGUGCAGAUACUGCUGACUGCUUUUCUUCUACAUCCCAAGCAAGUCUGAUUGACUUUACCAUUGGAAGUGACUCUACUUGUGAAAUUGGGGAUACAGGUUACUGCAAUGGACCUCUGCCUUCUAAUACACUAUUCAAAAUUCUUGUCAUAAUCUGUAAGAAUGCUGGCUGUGUUCCAGUAUCUUCUGAACUUGUUGCAACGAAAGGUGAAGAGGCAAACUACACAGCACUAGCCAUUGGUUUAGGAAUUGGACUUCCUUGUAUUAUUAUUUUAAUCAUUGUUGCUGUUAUGUGUAUAAAACUACGCCUCAGAAAUAAGAAGUUAGAAUCUAUGAGGAGACAAGAACCUCUCUACAACACACCAAGCAGAACUUUUCAAGAUUACCAUCUUUAUGGUGUUGCUAAUGAUAACAUGACUCCAGUUGUCAGUGAACCAGAAGAAGUCAGCCAGUUAGCAAGAAAUGAAGAUGUCUAUCAAGAAAUACCUGACUACAAUAACUUUCCUGAUGAAAGAUUUCAAAUUUAUCAAAAUAUUGAAACUGCAGUUGAAAGAAGUUAAUGGACAACAAUUGAAAAGCAAUAUUCACGACUAGGACAUGAUAUUCAAUUGCAUAUAGUUUUAAAUAAUGAUGGAUGGUAUAGAUAGGUAGGGACUACUGUAGUCUCUGGUGAAAUCUGCCAAAAAUAAAAAGUACUAUUCAUUUUAAUUUUUAUAUUAGUUAAUAACAUGGUAUGACUUUAAUUUUACUAUUUUUGUAAUUAAUUAGAAAGGAGAAAAAUGAAUUCAGAUAUUAAAAUGAUUUCUUAAAAAUUGUAUAUUAUCACUAUAGCCUACUCCUUAAACUAGUCUAAAACAUUUUAAAAGUACAAAAAAACGAGAGCCUAUUAAAAUUAGAAAGAGAUUAUUGUGUAUACACACAGGGUUGCCAGGUGUCCAGUUUUGAACUGGACAAACCAGUAUUUGAGCAGACUGUCCAGGAUAAAAUAAAUAUAAAUACUGGACAAGUAUAUGAAUAAUACUCUGUUAACCCCCUUCUUCUGCUUUGCGGCAUACCUGAGAAGGGAAGGAUGGAAAGGUGUCCAGUAUUUUCGGAAAAGGUAUCUGGCAACCCUAUAUACACAUAACUGUUCAACCAAGUGAAUUGACCUAACUAUAAAUAAAACUUGACUUCUCUAUUUUUAUUUUAUUAUCUCCUGUGAUAUUCAAACCAUCUUGAUAUUCUAAAAUUAGACUCAUUUUUAUGACCCUCGCAGCGUUUACUUUCAAACCAUAAAAAUGAAAGUUGACUUUUUGUUGAUUUCUAAAAUAUGAACAUUUAUUUAUACUUUUUAAAAAUGAAUACAUUUCUGUAUUUUUUAUCAAAGGCAUUUAAUUAUUUGAAACAAUUAGAUUAAUAUUUGAAUGUGUGUCUUUUUUGUAAACGAAAAUAAAAUC